GUGGUAGAGGUCGAGUUCCCUUGUGGAGCCUGAGGUCCGUGUGCUUAGUGCUUAACUCUUUCGCCGGUAAAAGCUGUUCGAAAUGGCCCAAGAAUCGCAAAAAAGCCGGGUUGUAAUAGCCGUUGACGGCAGUGAACACAGUGAUCGUGCCUUUGAAUUUUAUUCACAAAAUAUGCAUAAAAAGGGUGAUGAAGUUCUACUGAUUCAUGCAAACGAUAUCGCUGAGCGUCACAUACAGCUGCAUCCAUAUGGUCUAGCAACUGUUGAGGGCUGGGACAAAUGGUUGGAAAGAUGCACAGAGGAGUCCAAGAAAAUGCUGUCAAGAUUUGAGAAGAAAUGCAAGGAAAACAAGUUCAACUGUAAACUUUUCACUAAAGUUGGCAACCCAGGAGAAGUAAUCUGUGAUUUCACAGAAGAGAAAAAUGCUGACCAGGUGGUGUUAGGUUGCCGUGGUCAGGGCACAGUGCGACGCACAUUCAUGGGGAGUGUUAGUGAAUACUGUAUCCAUCAUGCGACCACGCCUAUCACUGUGGUCCCUCCUCCUGAUCGGGAAAAAACUGGCUUUAUAAACAGACCAAAGAAUAUUGAAUGAAAACCAUGGCUUUAUUAACAGUCCAAAGAGUGCCGAAUAGAUCCAGUUUUCUUUAGGUAGAAGUAUUAUAUAUGUUUAGUGUGUAUCUUGCUUUAGAGCUGAUAAGUUAGAUAAUGUUGACUGUUGGAAGCAUUAGUUAUAUAAUACUACAUAGCUUUAUAGGUAUUACAGCACAUUCAGUAAAACUGUUAACACCUAAGAUGUGUAUUGAAUAUUUAUUGUCUUUUGAAGAAUCAGACGUGACAUUGUUUUUACUGGUGAUGCUGUAACACUUCUCUUCCAUAUCAUGGUAAUAGGCUAUUUUGUCAAACUUUUUUCAGUUUGCCUUUUUUCCUUUUGAUAAAAAAUACAGACACUUUUAUCUUACAAUAUGAUAGGGUUGCAGAGUGAUUCUUAUUAGGUUUUAUCACUGUGUUGCAACUUGUAUUUACAGUAUUUUGUACAGUCUAUUCAAUGGUGCACAUCUGUCUAUUGCACAUCCACUAUCAAAACUUUAUUGGAAGUUUUGAAUAUGUUUUAUAUACAGUGCCGUAGCAGGCCUUGAAAUAUUGGAGGGGCAAAAUACCGAAACAUUAAGAAAAUAUUGGGGGCACAGCCACACCCCUACUGGUCAUUUUCUUAUAACUUAAAAAUAUUGGGGGGCAUGUGCCCCACCCCCUGCUAUGGCCCUGAUAUUAAAUGAUUGCGCUUCAAUUUGUGCUGAGAUGUAGUAAGUGCCUGUAAGCUUGGUGCUGUUCCUGUUAAGUAAACAGUUUAUUAUCUGCCCUCCCUGCAAAACAAAAUCUUUAAGUGAAGUCCAUCUACCAAAACAAAAUUAUCUAGAUGUGGUUGCAUUGUAAUUUGGGUAUGGUGAUCAAUGUUUGGUAAGCUAAAAGUGAAGAUUAUUUAAUUUGAUUGUUAAGUGUUUUUAACCUUUAAAUAAAUGUUUGGAUCAGCCCUUUGGCUA